CACGUGUUUAGACAGCUCCUCCUCUCCCGGAGUCAGUGACUGUGGCACGGAGGAGGCCCCGGGCAGCCACUGCACUGUCAGGACACCCUGGGGCUCCACCUGGAUUUUGCCAUGAGUGUGCAGGCAUUUCGGCUGGUUUGUGCACUGGGGCGGGAUCAGCUUCCCACAGGAAGCCAAAUUGAGUGCCUGGAGUGCUGUGGCCAUGAUUUGUACCUGGGCACCACUGACUGCUGUAUCCAUCACCUCCUUCUAGUAGAAGAACACAGCGAUGAGCUUACAGGCUCAUCCAUUUCUCAUCAGGUGGAUCAGCCUAAUGCCAGCUUCACUACUACCCAGCAAAAGCAACGUCAGCUAGGGCUGAAAAAGCCAGUAUGUGAAGUCCGGGCUGCUUCAGCUCUGGGCAGACUAUUGGUUUUGUGUGACAACACUAUCACUUUGCUCUGCAGUGACUCUCUAGAGCCUGUGCCAGGAGCCAAGAUAAGGGGGGCCCUUAGCUUUACUAUUAAUGAGAACCCUGUGAGUGGAGACCCAUUUAGUGUGGAGGUCUGUCUCAUAUCUUCCAAAAGACGCACAGUUCAGAUCUUCAGUGUUGGGCAGGAGCGGGCACAGCUCAUACGGGAAGUUGCAACACCAGAGCAGCCUUGUGCUUUAGCAGCUGAUGGACACUACUUGUGCCUGGCACUUAGCAGUCGUUAUAUCACCUUCAACUAUAAUACAGGACACAGUCAAGACCUUUUUCCAUAUCCUAGCGAGCAGAAGCGACCAAUCAUAAAGAGGAUCAGCAGGCAGGAGUUUCUUCUGGCUGGGCCCGGAGGUUUAGGUAUGUUUGCAACAGUAGCAGGAAUCUCCCAACAUGCUCCAGUCCGCUGGUCUGAGAAUGUGAUUGGAGCUGCAGUGUCCUUCCCAUACGUUUUAGCUCUAGACGAAGAAUUCAUCACGGUGCACAGCAUGCUGGACCAGCAGAAAAAGCAAACUCUUCCUUUUAAGGAAGGUCUCAUACUACAGGACUUUGAAGGAAGGGUGAUAGUAGCUACUGCCACUGGGGUGUAUAUUUUAAUCCCUUUACCAUUGGAAAAACAGAUACGGGAUCUUCUGUCAAAUCAGAGGGUAGAGGAAGCUUUAAUUCUGGCCAAAGGAGCCAGGCGGAACAUUCCAAAAGAAAAAUUUCAGGUAAUGUACAGAAGAAUUCAGCAGCAGGCUGGAUUUAUACAGUUUGCACAACUUCAAUUUCUGGAAGCAAAAGAAUUAUUCAGAAGCAGCCACCUUGACAUCCGUGAGCUAAUCUCCCUUUACCCUCUCCUGCUGCCAUCCACUUCUGCCUUCAUUCGCACCCACCCACCCCUCCACGAGUAUGCUGACCUCAACCAGCUCACUCGAGGUGACCAGGAAAAGGUGGCUAAGUGCAAGAGCUUCCUUAUGAGUUAUCUAAGUGAAAUCCGUAGCACAGAAGUAGCAAAUGGUUUCCAUGAAGAAGUGGACACGGCCCUACUCAAGUUAUAUGCAGAAGCUGAUCAUGAAAGCCUACUGGACUUGCUGGUCUCCGAUAACGCCUGUCACGUGGCUGAAAGUGCAGCUUGGCUGGAAAAGCACAAAAAAUAUUUUGCACUUGGUCUUUUGUAUCACCACAACAAACAGGAUUCAGAAGCACUUCAGAUAUGGAUGAGAAUCGUGAACGGUGAUCUGGAAGACAAAACACGCUCAGACCUCUUUGAAUAUAUAGUGGACUUCCUGACCUUCUCCACAGACGCCCAGCUUGUUCAACAGUAUACAGACUGGGUUUUACAGAAAAGUGAGCAGAUUGGGGUCAAGGUUUUUACAAAGAGAUCUACAGAACAGCUGCAAACUAUGUUUUCUCCAGAUAACGUUAUUGCACUUCUCAGCAAAUAUCCAACUGCCUUACGGAUAUACUUGGAAUAUUUGGUGCUUGAGAGGAAGAUACAGAAGGAAAAAUACCACACCCAUUUAGCUGUGUUGUACCUUGACGAGAUCCUUCGCUUCAAGUCUGGAACCUUAGCAGAGAGCUCAAAACUAGAAGAUUUGCGCAACAAGCUACAGAACCUACUAAGACAGUCAGACCUUUAUAGGGUCCUGAUGCUGAUAGAUAGAAUUAAAGGGACAGACCUGUACCUAGAGAGGGCAAUACUGCAUGGGAAACUGGAGGAGCAUGACCAGGCACUGGAUAUUUUAGUUCACCAGUUGAAAGAUUUUGCUGCUGCAGAAAGUUACUGUGUGUGGAAGUCAGGAGGCAAGGACACUAUCUACCGCCAGAGACUGUUCCAGCUGCUACUCUCCGCCUACCUCAAACCGGCCUCUCCAGACAAUGCGCUGCUGGUGGCUGCUGUGGAUCUGUUAAAUAACCACCCUGCAGAAUUUGAUGCUGCCAGCGUUUUGCCUCUACUGCCAGAGAACUGGUCGGUACAGCUUCUAUCUCCUUUUUUGGCUGGAACCAUGAGGGAACACGUCCAUGCUGUGAGGAUGUCCAAGGUGGCACUAGGCUUGGCAAGAGCAGAAAAUCUCAUCUACAAGCAUGAAAAGGUGAAGAUGAAGGAAAAACCGGUCAUCCUGUCUGAAAAAAAGUUUUGCCAUAUAUGCCGUAACCCUUUCAAAGAGCCGACAUUUGUCAGGCACCCCAGCGGCCAUAUUGUUCAUACUCACUGUGCUACAAACCACCACAUCAACAGUAGUGUCUCUGGUCAUUUACCCAACCCUGGUAAAAGAACUUGAAGAUAAUGGUGAACCCAGAUGUUUCUACUAACUUUCUAUGAUAGAACUUCUAUGGAUUAUGAUUUUCUGUGGAUGACAUUGGUGGCUUCAGUCCAAAGGAAUGUGAAAAACGUGCACUUACCUGUACAUGUCUGAGUAAAUUAUAUGAACAUUUUAUGAAGCAGGAAAAAUAUGCAUUGACAUGGUGGUUAGCCACAAUAAAACUCAAAGUGGAUAUGUGUCUUCAAGCAGUUAUAAGAUCAACACAGUCCUGAAAGGGAUUAGAAACAUUCAGCUACUGUUAUAUUUACAUGACUGAAACUUAGCUUUUUUUGCAAUUUUUUUAAACUAUUUGCACUGAGGAUAUUUUGCAUAUAAUGUGAUGGGAAUGUACAAAUAGACUCAAGAGUUGGUGUCUGCAUCAGCAGAAGUAUGCUGUAGUCAAUGACUUGUAGUAAUCUAAUGUUGUAGAUAUAGCUAGUGUCUGUCUGUGCGCCUGAUAAACUAUGGCUGGAUCUUUAUUGAUAUUUUUCAGUACAAAUCUUACACUAUGCCACUACACUCCAUUGUAACAAUUAAAUAAGUAAAAUCUUU